AUGCCGCAAGCAUGAGGUGAUGCCAUGAUGCUUGAUUCCUCAACAGGCCUCGAGAUUCAUGCCUUCCAUACACAGUAAUUGUCCGCUCAUUCCGCGUGGGAAAGCGCAAAGCCACUCGACACAGAAGACGGUUACGCCUCAACAGGAGAACCAACCUCUUACCUAUCUUUUCCUCUCUUCCAAACAAAUUCCUAUCGCAGCGCCUCUUUUUCUUUUGCCCCUUCUUCGCACCACGAACUCCCAAUCAUCCGCACCACCUAAGUAACUUUGACAAUAUUCACAUCAUUUAUCAUGCCACCAGUUAGCACAACCCCUUCCGAAAACGAGGGUUUCGCCCUCAGCGGAAACAACCCACUCGACACGGUUCGCCGUGACGCCGCGUCGGACGAUGCCUCCACCUCGGAUUUGGUCAACAACCAACUUCGCGACUCGCUUAGUGAGGGUAGUGACGGCAGGAUUGUUGACGGCGAGACGGUUCUUGCAAACGCUAGAGCGGCAAUGUCCCAACACUCCACGCCAACGGCAGCGAUGAAAAGCAGCGUUAUUCCAGACACGGUUGCUCCAUCGUCCGCUCCCCCAACCUUGUCCAAGGGUACUACCAAGGGUACUACUAGCCACGUACCCGCCACGCCUACGGCGGUUGCCCCGACCGUGACCAACGAGCUGGACCUCGCCUCCGUCACGGAGACUCUCGCAAAGUUACCGUCCCGGCCCCUCACUCCCGACUCUCACGGCGAUCCUCGACCUGCUCAACAUGUUGGCAAUAUGCACAGGCUGGCGUGCGAGGACAUCCUCGACAUCGCCCGUAAUAUCCUCGUUCCCGCCCUCAAACACGACUUGGCCACUCACGACAAGUAUUCCGCUGUCCACAUGGUCUUCCCCUUUUUGAGAAAUGAUAGUGGCGGGGUUGAGGGGAUGGAGGUGGCGGUGUGGUGGCUCAUGAAUCUGGUACGCAUGGCGCAAAGUGGUCGGUACACCCUGAGACACAGCUAG